GUCCCUCCUCCUCAUCCAGUCCCAGUCUGCUGGCUAAAGGUCUCUCUCUGGAGACGUCCUGCUCUCCGUGCGGCCACCAGGGGGCGCUGGACGCCGACGCUCCCCAGCAGCUCAGCUCCGACCCGGGGCCCAGCUCCUUCUCCUCAGACCCCGCCUCCCUGGAGCGAGGGGCGGAGCUAACAGUGCGCCGCGGCUCCGCUAACGGGCUCUUGCUGGUCAACGACACCGGGCCUCCGGAGCUACCAGCUACCACAAUAACACCAACGAGCAAGAGCAGGCCGCCGCUGCCCGGACCCAAACCUCAGGUUCCCCCGAAGCCCCCCCACCUCCAGCAGCAGGCGGGGGUGUUGAGGCCCCGCCCCCGGAGAAGAUUAGACAUUUUCGCCCUGUUUUCACUCACCGCCUCCUGGGCGAGCGACGACGUGUUUACAGAACCUACUUUGUGGGAACUUGCUUUCGGGUCCCCUACAUCGGGUCGUGCCAGCUUACUCGUUCGCGUUUGGGCUUCCACGUCGUCUGGACUGAGCACAUUCUGGUUUCGUAACGGGAGGGAGGAACCGCCCUCUGAGGUCAAAGGUCACGAUGACAUCACACUGGGGGGAGAGGCUGAAGAAGAGGAGGAGGAGGGAGACGCCGACCUGCACGAUGAAGACGACGAUGACGACGAUGAAGAGUUGGCGGCGGCGUGUCGUGAGGACGUCCAUCAGAAGCGUCUCUCCAUGGAGUCGGGUUACAGCGCCUCGGAGAAACACCUGGAGGACGACGUGGUUGCCGUGGAGAUGAGGGAGCAACAGCCGGCUCAGCUCGACCAAUCAGAGCUCCCCUCAGAGCGCUUGUCCCUCCCCUCCUCACAGACAGAGGGAAAACUGGCCAAUCGGGACAGCGGCAUCGACAGCAUCAGUUCGCCGUCGCACAGCGAAGAGCUCUGUUUCGCCGGAGUGGACGAUGGGGGCGUGGCCUACCCAUGUAGCCCCGCCCUCUUGCCCCGCCUCUCAAGCUCCUCCUCUUACGCGGGGGAGGGGGAGGAGGGGGAGGCAAGGGGCGGAGCCAGGAGGAGGCGGGACUUCUCUGAGGAGGGAGACAGCGACCUGGAGGAGGAGGAGGAGGGCGUGCUGACUCUGGUGCUGCCCCCCCCCAAAACAGACAGACAGGACUCUGUGGAG